AUAGAAACUGUUCCCCGAAAUGUUGGAUCGACUUCCUGGGAACGUCGAGCGACAUCGGCCUCGUCUUCUGGUUCAUGUGAAAUUCAUUUGUUUUUUGGUCCCUUUCAUAAAUUUCUAAGCAACACCUGGUCGAAACCAUGAACGCAAGCAACCAUAGUUUUUGUGUGGACGACUACCCCGACAAGAAGCCCAAGGCCAUUGUCUUGCUGCUUGGUUGGUGGGGAGCCAAAAGCCGCCAUUUGGCGAAGUAUGGCCAGCUGUAUCAAGAACGGGAUUGCUUGACGGUGCAAGCAAUCUGUGACACCUACGCCAUUUUGGUCCGAAAUACUCGGUCGAUCGAUCAAUGCGCGAUUGAAGCAGCCGCUCACGUGGCACAGGUGCUCCGUGAUAUCGAUGACGACACCAUUCCGGUGAUCUUUCAUGCGUUCAGCAACGGUGGAGCCUACGUUGUCGAGCGGAUGGAAGCUAUGAUUCGGCAUGCUCGGACCAAUUCGCUUCCCAGUGACCAGGAUUCUGACAUGGUUCUUGUCGGCAAGCAUUUGCAGGGCCAAAUCUAUGAUUCGGCUCCCGUAUGGCCGACAACCGAGUCUGCUGUGGAAGCGGCUGCUGUUCAUUUCAUCCCUCUACCAGAUUUUAUUCCGUGUGAUGGAUUGGCGGCAAGUAUUUUGGAGCAACUUGGCUGAGCACGCCCUUUGCACGAAGCAGGCGUUUAUAUAUUCGGAGGCUGAUACCAUCACCAACGUAAAGAAACUCGAAGAGCUCAUUGCAAUGCGACAAAAGAAAAGCGACGAGGUUCUUGUAAAAAAGUUCGAAGAUUCCUUGCACGUCCAGCACCUUCGAACACACCCUCAAGAGUACGUAGAUUUACUUGACAAGUUCCUCGCGCUAUUUAGUUAAUUCCUUCUAGUGCUCGCUUUUGAUCUUU